AGCACAUAGCUAGAAAAUUACAUUAAGCUGGCCUGAGAAAUCAUGCUGUCUAACUCAUCCUACACCCUCAUAGCACUGGCUGCUUUGUUAGUGACUUGCCAUGCAUUGAGUAAAUGCCCAGAAAUUUCUGGGCUGCCUGGUAUCCCUGGAAGGAAUGGUCUGAAAGGUCUGCCUGAUUCUUUGGCCAGCAAAUUUGCUUUAGCAAAUUUGAAGCACCGACUUUUCCAACUUGAGGCUGCGCUUGCUUUGAAUGGGAAAAUAAGAAAAGUAGGAGAGAAAAUACUUGCUAGCAAUGGGAAGAAAGCUGACUUUGUAUCUGCACUACAAUCCUGUGAAGAGGUUGGAGGAACCCUUGCAGCCCCCAAGAACGAGGAGGAGAAUAAAGCUAUUAUGGACUUUGUGAAACAGUAUAACCAAUAUGCUUACCUGGGCAUUACAAAGGGGGAGGAUUCAGGUCAGGUUAAGUAUUUAAAUGGUAUGCCUGUGAGUUAUAGCAACUGGCACCAGCAUGAGCCCAAUGGCAAAGGGAAAGAGAAAUGUGUGGAGAUGUACACUGAUGGCACCUGGAAUGACAAAAAAUGCAAUAUGUACCGUCUCACAAUCUGUGAAUUUUAG